AUGCAGGAAGGGAAAAUGCAGAUGCCAGCAGCAUGGUGCAGGAUCUCUGUACCCCAAAGGCAGCUGGAAAAGGAGCUGCUUGUGGUGACUGGAGGUGAACGUGCUUUCCCUGUACUUCAGCAAAGGUCACAUGAUUCUUUCAGCUACUGGGUUGAUGAGAAGUCUCCUGUGGGACCAGACCAAGCCACAGCCAUCAAACGUUUGGCCAGAAUUUCUUUGGUUAAAAAGAUCAUGAAGAAAUGGAUCCACUCAGCCUUUGGAUCCAAACUUUGUCCUGUUGAAUGUGUAGAAUAUGUGACGUUACAGUACAUGUGGGAUAACAAACACCAGGUUCUCAUCUUCUACCACUACCCUUUGUAUCAGGAAUACCCCUUCCUGUGGCCGGGGAAUAAAAUGCCGGCACCAUGGGCUAAUACAACCAACGUGCACAAACUGUUACAGUUCCUGGAGACCACUCUUGAGGAACGAAGUCGUUAUGGGACUUUUCAUGUUUCUCAAGCAAUUCUCACACCUCGAGUGAAAACUAUUGCACGACAUCUAAUUCGUGGUCUGAAGAACACACUUGUUCAUAGGAACCUGCCCAUGAUUUUAAAUUGGGUGAAAGCACAGAAACCAGGUGUUAUGGGGGUUAACAUAAUUACAUCAGACUUUGUGGAGCUGGUUGACUUUGCUGCUACAGUUAUUGCAUUAAACGACCUUCUUUUAGAAGAGGAUGAAUCCACAUCUACAUCCUGAUUGCUGUGUCUCACUUGUGCUGCUCGGAACAUUUUUGAACUAGACUAAAUGUUUUAUUUAAGUGAAACAUAUUGUAACCUCAGUUUAUUUAAAAAAAAGUUCUCUAGAGGAAGCAUGG